AUGGUAGCUAGUGGGGACUUCACUUCUUCGGAUGGCCCAGGUGGAAAGGCUUCGAGGUUUCUGGACGCCGUGGUCGCCUUUGUUGUCGGCAUCUUCCAACCCAUCUUUCGCUUUCUGCUGUCGGCCAUCUUUACUCGCAAACCUCGACAGCACAACAAUCAGAACCGCGACAGAGAUCACACCCUCGGCGACUCCCCCCACGACAAUAACAACAACGGCGACCCCAACGACUCCCGUCCCACCCCCGACGGCCAAGACGGCGACCAUCAAGGCGACGACAGCCCAGAAAGCAUGCAGCGACACUCCGGUACCGCCAGGCCUCAGCAUGCAUACGGCCCCAAAGCUGUCAAUGGCGAUGCCCGCCCUUCUGUUAAGCCCGCCUUGCCCCAACUUGUCCCAGCGGUGAACGCGUCUCGGCCUGUCAAGCGGGAUGGCAAGCCCACCAACGGCGUCGCAGCCAAGACAGCCCUCGAAGACGUCACGAAUGGCGUCGAACACACCUUGAAGCACCACGUUGUCGGCGAGGAAGAGGCCGAGGAGAACCUUCACGACCAGGUUGAUCUGGCACCAGCUGUUCAGCCUGUCGAGGGUGAAGAGGAGCCUGAGGACCCUGUCAAGGCUGCGGAGCGAGCAAUCCAUCAUGGCUUCAUGGACCAGGCACUGGAUAUGGCCCGCCUGGCCCUGAAGACCAAUGAGACACCUGUCGGAUGUGUGCUCGUUCACAACGGAAGGGUCAUCGCCAAGGGGAUGAACGCGACCAACGUCACCCGAAACGGUACCCGGCACGCGGAGCUGAUGGCCCUGACCGCUCUCUUGUCUUUCACCCCUGAGGCAGAGGCAGAGCAAGAGCAGGAGAAGCCAAAGAAGUCUAAGGGAAAGAAGAAGAAGAGACAGGGCAGCCAGCAACAUUCCGACAAGCCUCCGCCCACAAGGGCCUACACAGACCAAGAGUGGGGAGACGUCGACCCCGAGGAUGGCCACAUUUUCCCAUACGGCCAGAAGCUCCACCCCGCCCCCAUGGUCGACCGGACAUUGAUAAAGGAGUGUAUCCUGUACGUCACCGUCGAGCCCUGUGUCAUGUGCGCGUCGAUGCUCCGCCAGUAUGGCAUCAAGAAGGUCUACUUUGGCGCCGUCAACGACAAAUUCGGCGGCACCGGAGGUGUUUUCUGCAUCCACAAGAAUUCCGACCCCGCACAUGCUGUCAGCAUCCCAGCGACCCCCAUCCAUCGGCCUGUUGCCAAUCAACUGCCCUCUCGACCACCUCUGGCCCAACGACCUGCCUCCGCUGCCGCCUCGGUCUCGACCAACGGGUCUCAAGAGGGCCCGGCUGCCACAGGCGAGAACAAGCAGCCCGGCAAGAUGACGUACACAGAGCCGCCCAAACCCGUCUCCAACAUGACUAUGGGUCAUGGUGGAAACGUGGAGAGCGGAUUCGAUGCUGAAGGUGGAUGGAACCGUGAUGAGGCCGUCAAUCUGCUGAGGCAGUUUUAUGUCCAGGAAAAUGGCAGAGCACCUGUACCGCGAAAGAAAGAAGGUCGCGCACAACGUCUCGCUGUUAUGAUGGAGGAGCAGGGGAUGUCGACGGAGGGCACGGCUCUUGAGGGCCUACUUCAACAGGAGCGAGAGGCCCAGGAGAAAGCUGCCGCUCGGGCUGCCAACGGUGAGAGCGCUACCGACGGGAAUGACUCCGCUCAAAACGGCACCGAUCAGCAGACGGACGGCCCAACUGCGCUCGAAGCGCUGGAGGCGAAGGUAUAUGCUGAGAUCGAGAAGAAGAAACGGGCCAACAGAGCCCAGAAAACGGAUGGCGACAAGGCAAUCUCCGCCGACCAGCCGGAGGCGACGGCUUAA